ACCAGCUGUGGUCGCUUGUCGUCUGCUAUAAAAGCUCCUUGAGGCAGGCCCUUACACAACUGUCGCUGAAGGGAUGGCUGCUUUUUGGCUCUUGGUUGUUUUGGUGCAUGCUGUCUUACAGGAUAAAGGUCUUUGUUUUCCACCUGGGGUAAAACAAGAUGUGCUUGACAAAGAAAUUUUACCUGAGUUAAUGAAACUUCGUCAGUCUUGGGAGUCUUUUCUGAAGCAACAUAAAGGUGGUGAAGAACAAAUGCAACAUGACGAAGCGAGCUACAACCAAAAAAGUGACUCAAGGGACAAUGUGAGUAACGAAGCCUUGAGCCAUAACAUGAACACCAAGGGCCAACUGGAUGACUCAUUGAGCCGCAACGUGAGCACCAAGGGCCAACUCGACGACUCCUUAAACCAAGACUACCAGAGCCGCAACGUGAGCACCAAGGGCCAACUCGACGACUCAUUAAACCAAGACUACCAGAGCCGCAACGUGAGCACCAAGGGCCAACUCGACGACUCAGUGAGCCGCAACGUGAGCACCAAGGGCCAACUCGACGACUCAGUGAGCCGCAACGUGAGCACCAAGGGCCAACUCGACGACUCAGUGAGCCGCAACGUGAGCACCAAGGGCCAACUCGACGACUCAGUGAGCCGCAACGUGAGCACCAAGGGCCAACUCGACGACUCAGUGAGCCGCAACGUGAGCACCAAGGGCCAACUCGACGACUCAGUGAGCCGCAACGUGAGCACCAAGGGCCAACUCGACGACUCAGUGAGCCGCAACGUGAGCACCAAGGGCCAACUCGACGACUCAGUGAGCCGCAACGUGAGCACCAAGGGCCAACUCGACGACUCAGUGAGCCGCAACGUGAGCACCAAGGGCCAACUCGACGACUCAGUGAGCCGCAACGUGAGCACCAAGGGCCAACUCGACGACUCAGUGAGCCGCAACGUGAGCACCAAGGGCCAACUCGACGACUCAGUGAGCCGCAACGUGAGCACCAAGGGCCAACUCGACGACUCAGUGAGCCGCAACGUGAGCACCAAGGGCCAACUCGACGACUCAGUGAGCCGCAACGUGAGCACCAAGGGCCAACUCGACGACUCAGUGAGCCGCAACGUGAGCACCAAGGGCCAACUCGACGACUCAGUGAGCCGCAACGUGAGCACCAAGGGCCAACUCGACGACUCAGUGAGCCGCAACGUGAGCACCAAGGGCCAACUCGACGACUCAGUGAGCCGCAACGUGAGCACCAAGGGCCAACUCGACGACUCAGUGAGCCGCAACGUGAGCACCAAGGGCCAACUCGACGACUCAGUGAGCCGCAACGUGAGCACCAAGGGCCAACUCGACGACUCAGUGAGCUACGGUCACCAGAGUGACCUGUCUGACAUGAGCACCAAGGGCCAACUCGACGACUCAGUGAGCUACGGUCACCAGAGUGACCUGUCUGACAUGAGCACCAAGGGCCAACUCGACGACUCAGUGAGCUACGGUCACCAGAGUGACCUGUCUGACAUGAGCACCGACUCCCAGAAUGACAGUUUAGGUGAUGAGUUUGCUGUCAAUAUUUGAAGUAGUUGUAUUGGAGGUAUUAAUCAUGUAACAUCUCUUUGAAAAUUAAAACUUUUCUUUCAAUAAA